AUGGACCAAACUACCCCCAAGAAGGAAGGCUCUCUUUCUCUCGAAGCCAGCAAUGUCCACCAAAUCUGUGCCCAGAGCAUCUGCGAAUCGUCCAGCGAGGUCGGUCACUCUACAGCCACCGAGGGUUCAGGCUUCUUCAGCCUUCCAGGAGAGCUUAGAAACAUGAUCUACAAGCAUGUUCUGAUUCGACCGGCGAGCCAGACCUCCGCCGACAAAGACAACGGCAUUGCGGAAGGAGGCACGAUCAGGGCGUACAGCGGUCGAGACUGGGGUGACCAGAAGGCGCCUCCUCUGAGCUUCCUCUACGUCAACAAACAGAUCCAUGAAGAAGCAAUGGGCGUUCUCGGAACUUCGUCAGACGCGGAAGCCAAAGUGGAGGUCCGCUUGGGAGAUUGUUACCCCAAUCACGAUUCCGGCGUGGCAUUCCAUGCCGCCCAGCAUAACGCUCUCGAGAACUUUGUCAGAGUCUAUAUCACCCCUGACGUAUGGGACGAAGGAAUGGAUCCUCACGAUAACACCGAGCGUCAGCUAGCGCACCUGAAGCGCCACAUUGAGAUCUUCGUUGCUGCGUCGGCUCUGUACUGGAAAGGCGCAAAGCGCUACGCGACUGUGGACCUCCAAGACAUCGUCACUCCACCGUUAUACCGAGCCCCUAAGCCAAGUCCCAAGGACGGGGAGGAGGAGGCCCUCUACGACAAGAUUGUGGACAUCCUGAAGCUGAUGCACAAGGAUGAGGCCACACAGUGGACAGUUGUUGUUAUGGGUGGGCAGCACGCCCCGAAGAACAUGAACACCUUAAAGGUGGCUUGCGAGGAGCUCGGGAUCAUUUUCAAGAACCGUGAGACACGAUACGACGUAAUGUAG